AUGAAUCAAGAAUAUUUUGAAAAUAGAUAGCAAGUACUCUGUCUCAAAUAUCAACCUACAAACAUAAAUAAUUAUCGCCAACAAUAAAAUUGUUAACCACAAAAUGAAAAUCUUACUAACACCUUGAUGUUGGCUUAGAGAAUAUUUAGAGAGUAUAAGUAAAGUAUUUAUUGUAUCUAUUGAACCCAUAGAUAAGUUUUAAGUACGAAAAGUUUCUGUUAUUCAACAAUAAUAAUAAGAUAAAGAACCAGAAUAAAAAAAGUAAAAGACAACCAUUAUAGACUCUAAAAGAUAUCAAAUGUAUAGUAACCCAAAAAAUGCAAAAGUAAAACUACUUAACUCAACAGCUAACAAUUCCUUUUAUACUAAAAAAAGCACAGAAAAAUAUUAAUAAUCCCCCAUUAAACCUAAGACUGCAAUUUCUAGAGCUAAGCGAAUACUACCAUAAUAAAUAUCUAUUACACCAAUAGAAAGUUUAGGUCCAAUAAUAUCUGCAUAGAGCUGGUGUAUUAUUAAUGGAAAGAAUGGCCAAUUAAUGGGGGGUUAUAAUCAAUAUAAAAGCAGAUAAAUGGCUUCAAUUACUAAAAUCAUGACAUGUUGGUUAGCACUGAAACUUACACAGCAAUUUCAAUUGGAUCUUGAUAAUACAUAUUUUACAGUGCCAGAAAAAGUAGUACAUAGCUUAAAUAUAGGCAGAAAGGAUUGGAGGCACAACAGCUUAACUCUAAAGUGGUGAUAAACUCAGUAUUAGAGAUCUACUCUAUGGGUUAAUGUUACCAUCUGGUAAUGAUGCAGCAAUAUCCCUUUAACAUAAUUUCGAACUCUAUAAAGGUUGUGACUUUAUUUUACAAAUGAAUUAAAAUGCAUAAGACAUAGGAAUGGAAAUGACAUCCUAUUCUAAUCCUCAUGGUAUUAUUUAUAUAACAAAAAGGUUUGUAUCACGAAGCCAAUUACUCUUCUGCAUAUGAUAUUGGUAUCUUAACCUAUCAUGCCAUGUAAAAUCUACAAUUUGCUAGUAUUGUCAAAACCAAAAUUUAUUUUAGUGAAAUUGAAGACAAAUUUGGAGAGUCAAAGGAAAUCUUUUGGGAAAAUACAAAUAAAAUGUUAUAUCAAGGAUUUAGAGGAGUAAAGACAGGUAUUACUAAAGAGGCAGGUCCAUGUGUUGUAGAGUUUUAUGAGGAUAAUGAGAAUUCAUAUAUUAUAGUACUUUUAAAUUGUAGAUCAGUAGAUCAUAGAUGGCAAGAUGCUAUCAAAUUAUUAGAUUGGAUUAGAUAAUGA